AGCUGCUUCCGCUGCUUCUUCAGGCCUGUCUCCUUCACUUCACCUCCCAGAAAUUCGUAACGCCACCAGGUCAACUCCCUUGCCAUCGCCAUUUCUUUCUUUUCAUUCUUCUUGUUUCAGUACUUCCACCAGUGGUAGCAGUAGCACCGAGUUCAAGAACUCAAUGGUAAAGAAAAGAGAAGCGAAAUAUGAGUUUGAUAAAAUUGAUGAUGCUCUGAAAUUGUUUGAUCGGAUGCUCCUUGAUUGUCCCCGUCCUUGUGUAGUGGAGUUUAGUAAACUUGUAGGCGCAGUUGUUAGAAUGAAACAUUAUGAAAUUGCUGUUUCUUUAUGCAAACAGAUGGAAUUAGAGGGGAUCGGACAUACUGUUGUUACUCUUAACAUGCUCAUUAAUUGCUUCUGCCGUUUAGGUAGUCUGAAUUUUGGGUUCUCUACUCUCGGGAAAAUGUUGAAGAUUGGUAUUGAACCUAAUGUUAUAACAUUCAGCACACUGAUCAAUGGGCUUUGUGUUCGAGGGAAUUUUGAGGAAUCAGUGAGAGUGUUUAAUAAGAUGGUUUGGGAUGGAUAUCAACCUGAUUUAAUUACUUACAGUACGCUUUUAAAUGGUCUGUGUAAAAUAGGAAAAACAGCUGAAGCGGUUAGGUUGCUGAUGAAGAUGGAAGAUGGUGGUUUCCAGCCUAACAAUGUAGCAUACAGCACGGUCAUUGACAGCCUUUGCAAGGAUAUGCUCAUAACUGAGGCAUUGGACCUACUCUCUAAAAUGAUUGCUAAAGGCAUCCUCCCGGAUGUUUUCACUUAUAGCCCUUUGAUUCAGGCUAUGUGCGAUUCAGGGAAGUGGGAGGAGGUUAAGAAUUUAUGGAAUGAAAUGAUUGGUCGAGGAAUCAGACCAAAUGUUGUCACUUUUGGUAUAUUGAUGGAAUUAGAGGGGAUCGGACAUACUGUUGUUACUCUUAACAUUCUCAUUAAUUGCUUCUGCCGUUUAGGUAGUCUGAAUUUUGGGUUCUCUACUCUUGGGAAAAUGUUGAAGAUUGGUAUUGAACCUGGUGUUAUAACAUUCAGCACACUGAUCAAUGGGCUUUGUGUUCGAGGGAAUUUUGCUGAAUCAGUGAGAGUGUUUAAUGAGAUGGUUCGGGAUGGAUAUCAACCCAAUUUAAUUACUUACAAUACGCUUUUAAAUGGUCUGUGUAAAAUAGGAAAAACAGCUGAAGCGGUUAGGUUGCUGAUGAAGAUGGAAGAAGGUGGUUUCCAGCCUGACAAUGUAGCAUACAGCACAGUCAUUGACAGCCUUUGCAAGGAUAGGCUCAUAACUGAGGCAUUGGACCUACUCUCUAAAAUGAUUGCUAAAGGUAUCCUCCCGGAUGUUUUCACUUAUAGCCCGUUGAUUCAGGCUAUGUGCGAUUCAGGGAAGUGGCUGGAGGUUAAGAAUUUAUGGAAUGAAAUGAUUGGUCGAGGAAUCAGACCAAAUGUUGUCACUUUUGGUAUAUUGGUAGAUGCAUUCUCCAAGGAGGGGAUGGUGUCAGAUGCUCAAGAUGUGAUUGAAGAAAUGAUUCAACAAGGCAUUGAACCUAAUAUUGUUGUAUAUAAUGCAUUGAUGGAUGGAUAUUGUUUGCGUGGGGAAAUGGAUGAGGCAAGAAAAGUGUUUGAUUUGAUAGUUAACAAGGGUUACAUACCUACAGCUACAGUAAUUAGUUAUAACAUAAUGAUUAAUGGAUAUAGUAAAGCUAAAAGUAUAGAUGAGGCAUUGAAGCUCUUUCAUGAGAUGUCUCAUAGAGGAUUAACCCCAAAUACUGUGACUUACAAUACUCUUUUAACAGGCAUGUGCCAGGUAGGAAGGCUUUCAACUGCUCUUAAACUUUUCAAGGAUUUAAUUGCCUGUGGCCAGGUUCCAGAUUUGAGGACUUGGGCAAUUUUGCUGGACGGCUUAUUCAAGCAUGAUCACAUUGAUGACGGUUUGAGACUGUUUCAAGCAAUGCAAAAUUGUGGAUUGAAACCUAACAUUGUAAUCUAUGGUAUCUUAAUUGAUGGUAUGUGUGGGGCUGGACAACUCAAAGUUGCAAGGGAAUUGUUUUCUGGACUUUCUAUGAAAGGCUUAAAACCUGAUGUCUACAUAUACACCAUGAUGAUUAAAGGACUUUGCAAGGCUGGACUAGCAGAUGAAGCAUAUGAAUUCAAAAAGGACAGUUUCUGCCCAAAACUACUGUCCAUGCAUAUGAAUUUUGAGGAUGCUUUGGGGAAACCUGGAAAGAUUGCACUUACAUGGAUGUUGCUUGUCAACAUAGUUCCAUUAGAAGAGCUGUUGACAGGUUUGCAAGGACUGAGAAUUUAUAAUAUCAACCAAUCCAACUGUUUGACGGGUAAUUUCCUAAAACUUGUUUCUGGAACCUUCAAACCAUUCCUUUUAAAAAGUAAUUAUUUUGCUUCAAACCACCAAUUCUUAAGCUACUUAACUGAGCACAAAACGGUACUGGGCUAGUUGUGUCCACAUUUCUGUCCAUUUUUUCUUUUGGCCGAAAGAAAGAACACCAGCUUUGAUGAUAUGUGAACAUAAUAUUAUUUUUUUUUCAUUCACGUUGCUUCCUUCUCUUCUUGCAUAUGGUUUUACACUCAACACGGAAGAGUACACAUACAUUAGAUUUCACCUUUUGGCCUAUUACAUAUGCAUUAUGCAUAGGCUAGAAUGACUAAAUCUUGGUCCUGCCU